AUGGCUCUCUACAACAAUGGGGCCGACGUGCCUUCGCCCCAGGAAGCCUCAAACGGCUUCCCCCAGCCCAGUGCCUCAGGAACGUGGCACAAGGGUGAGGAGGAGGUGCGGCUGGUGGAGCCCAGCAUAGUGAAGAAGGCUCACCGGGAAAUCCUGGACCAUGAGCGCAAGAGGAGGGUGGAGCUGAAGUGCAUGGAGCUGCAGGAGAUGAUGGAGGAACAGGGGUACUCCGAAGAGGAGAUCCGACAGAAAGUGGGGACCUUUCGGCAAAUGCUGAUGGAGAAGGAGGGUGUGCUCACCAGGGAGGACCAGCACGGGCGCCAAAUUGUGAUAGAAAACCACCACGGGGCGGAUGGGGAGGAGUAUGCGGUGGAGUAUCCUGACUAUGGGGAGGGCUGCCUGCUGCAGUGCGACUGCUCGGCCGAGUGCUACCGCGAGGACAGCGGCCACCGCGAGUACAGGCUGAAAAGACGCUCGAGCAGCUCCACCUCUCCUCCACCCAAGAAGAAAAAGAAGAAGAAAUCAGGUCACCGCCGGAGCCGCAAAAAGAGGAAACCCGGCUCAGAUCGUAGCUGUGACAGCUCUUCACCCAUCCGCAAGGAAAAGAAGAAGAAGACUGGAAAGAAACACAGACGUGACAGGUCUGAAUCGGGGUCACGAAAAAAGAGAAGACACAGGUCCCGAAGCCCCAAGAACAAACGAAAAGAGAAAAACAAAGAGCGCAAGAGGUCCCGCAGCGAGUCCCCAGCCUGGCGCUCGCACCGCCGCAGCUCCUGCAGCUCCCACAGCGCCUCGCUGUCCUCCGACGACAGCGGCUCUAAAUCCCCCGGCAGGCUGAGCCCCAAGCGCCGGCAGGAUGGUCCCAAGGGCAGCAGCGCCCGCUCCAGCCGCAGCCCGUCCUCCUCCUCGCCCCAGCGCUCGGCCUCGCCGCACCAGAACGGGCACAAGGGCAGCGCCCAGAACGGCCGCCACAGCCACGGCGCCCCGCUCCCGGAGCCCUCGGAUAGGCCGGCCUCGGCGUCCCCCUCUCCGCGGGCUCACGGCAGGACGGAGCCUCCGUCCCCCCGUCCCCGGGGGGGCCGACACGGCGCUCGCAGCCCCCGCUCGCCCACACCGGAGCGGGGCAAGCACGGCCACCGGCAUCGCUCCCGCAGUGCCUCGCCUCCGUCCCGACACCGCGGCCAGAGCAAGGGCCGACCCCCGGGCCCCCGGGAGCCGCCGCCGCCGCCGCUCAGCCCCGCCGGCUACAGCAGCGACUCGGAGGCUUCGGCAGGCUCCCAGCCGCCCGCCGGCCCCGACAGGAACCACGGAGCGCACGGCAAGAAGGUGAAGGAGCGGCACCACCGGGGCCGGCCCAACAGCAGCUCGGAGUCAUCAACCAAGCACUCCCGGCACGCCUCGGAGAGGAGGAAGAGCCCGUCCCCCAGCCCGGGCCAGCGCAGCAGCUCCUGGAGCUCCAGCGGCUCCCUCUCCAAGUCCCGCUCCCGCUCCCGGGAGAAGAGAGCAGGGCGCAGCCGCUCCCGCUCGCCCUCGCCGAAAAAGCCAGCCAGCAGAGAGAAGGACAACGAGCCCCGAACACGUCACGGUGAUCCCGAUCCCGCCCGCCCUCGGCGCCGCUCCAGGAGCUACUCCCCCAUCAGGAAGCGGAGACGUGACUCCCCCAGCUUCAUGGAGCCCAGGAGGAUCACCAGGUCCCUCCCGGAGAGCAUCGCCGCCAGCCUGGCUCCCAGGGUAACCUUCCCCCUUCCUCCUCCUCUUCCUCCUCCUCCUGGACCCCCUCUCCGCUCUGAGCCCGGCCGCUGGCACGCCCGGCUGCCCUGGCUGGAUGCUCAGCCACGCCGGGGGUCCAGCGCCGGACCCCCUUCCCCGAGCGGCCGCCGGGGGCCUGACUCAGUUUCCCUUUUCCAUUUGCAGCGCCCGCAAGCGUCCCAUCCCCUACUACCGGCCCAGCCCCUCGUCCUCCAGCUCGCUGAGCACCUACUCGUACAGCCGGAGCCGCAGCCGCAGCUACGACAGCUACAGCUCCAGCCGCAGCCGCAGCCGGACUCGCAGCCCCCCCAGCCGCUCCCGCAGCCCCAGCCGCAGCCCCAGCUACAACAGCCGCAGCAGCUCGGAGAGCGCCGGCUUCUGAGCCCCCCCGGCACCGGCCGCAGCCCCCCGACAGCCCAGCUCUGCCCCCUCCAUGCCACCUGCGCCCCCAGAAGGGACGGGACCAGCGGGGAGCACAAGAGCAUCCCGGGGAAGUGA